UGGCAUCACUUGUCAACUGUCAUCCUUAUAGCGUGCACUACGAAAUUUAUUUGACCCACGAGAACGAACAAAAAUGAAUUCAGAGCCAAAUCGCAACCCCACUCCUAUGGAAGUGGAGGAAACUGAGUAUGAGGAGACGCGCUUGGAUCCGCAGAAUCCGCAGCCGGAGGAAGGUGAGUCUUCGAAUGGGGAGGCAAAUCUCUCGGAUGACGAAGCAGAAAUGGAGCUGGACAGCUUCAAUGACACCGGCAGUUCCUCGGAUGCCGCUAAGGAAAGCAAGAAGGGCACCAUCUACAUAUCCCACUUACCCAAGCACAUGGCCCUGACCAGCGUGCUGCAAAUCUUCGGCGAGUACGGCGCCAUCGGCAGAGCUUUCCUGCGCUCGAAGAAGCUGUCAAGUAAGUCUCCUGAUAUCCUCUUCACCGAGGCUUGGGUGCAAUUCAAUUCGAAAUGUGUGGCCAAACAGAUCGUUCCACUGCUUAACAACAAGCAGAUAUCCACGCACAAGAAUUCCAAAUUCUAUGACUCGCUGUGGAGCAUGAAGUACCUACCGCAGUUCAAGUGGCCCCGUCCAACCGAUCUCGUGGACUUGGGGCAGGAGGGGCUCAAGCAACCCCUUGGAGAGGAGGAGAGUGAGUAUGAGGAGACGCGCUCGGAUAAUCCGCAGCCAGGGGAAGGUGAGUUUGCGAAUGGUGGGGCACAUCCCUCGGAUGCCGACGAUGAAAUGGAGCUGGCCAGCCUCAAUGACACCGGCAGUUCCUCGGCUGCCGCGAAGGGAAGCAAGAAGGGCAUCAUCUACAUAUGCUGCAUACCCAAGGACAUGACCAUGGCCCGCCUGCGGGAGAUCUUGGGCAAGUACGGCGCCGUCGGCAGAGCUUACCUGCAGUCGCAGAAGCUGUCAGAUUUGUCUCCUCAUAUUAUCUUCGCCGAGGGUUGGGUGGAAUUCAAGUCGAAACGUGUGGCCAGACAGAUCGUUCCACUGCUGAACAACAGACAGAUAUCCACGCACAAGAAGUCCCGAUUCUAUGACUCGCUGUGGAGCAUGAAGUACCUACCGCAGUUCACCUGGGCCGAUCUACCCAAGCUCCUAAACAGGCAGGCCACACGCGUCCAGUAAAAUCUCGAGUUCAACAAGAAGAAUGCGCAGAAGGCAUCUAAUGUUAACAAGAUUGCAAAUAAACUUAAAUAAAGUAGAUCAAA